AUGUCAUCAAAACCGAAAAUAUAUGUGACGAGGAUAUUGACUCCUACAUUCCAGGACAGGCUAGAAGCAUUAAAAAGCAAAUACGACAUCAGGCAAUGGACUGAGGACUCGCUCAUCCCACGCCCAAUAAUGCUGGAAGCUAUCAAAGGAUCCGCUGGUGUCAUCGUGCUAAUCACAAAUCAAGUCGAUCAAGACUUUCUUGACGCUGCUGGCCCAACCCUCAAAGUCGUUUCCACAAUGUCUGUCGGCUACGACCACGUCAACAUCACCCUCUGCAAAUCACGGGAAAUACGGAUAGGAAACACGCCUGAUGUGCUGACAGAUACGACUGCUGAACUCGCUAUUGCGCUGCUCUUGGCUACUGCACGUAGAUUUGGUGAAGCGGCUGCUUCAGUGAAAAAUGGGACUUGGGGACCAUGGGAGCCUAAUGGAAUGCUAGGGUCUCAGAUACGGGGAAAGACGAUGGGGAUUGUUGGAUUAGGGAGGCUUGGAUUUGGAGUCCUCGAAAAAAUCCAAGGCUUCAAACUCUCCACCCUGCUCUACUACAACCCACGCGAGAAGCGCGACCUCGCCAAAAAAGUAAACGCCAUAUACUCCCCCUCUCUCGACGCGUUGCUCUCGCAAUCCGACUUUGUAGUAAUCACAUCGCCAUACAAUGACAAGACACACCAUAUGAUCAAUGCUAGCACACUGGCGAAAAUGAAGAAGACUGCUGUGCUGAUUAAUAUAUCGCGGGGUGGGCUUGUGAAUCAGGAGGAUUUGUAUGUGGCGUUGAAGAAUGGGGUUAUUGCGUACGCUGGGUUGGAUGUGACGACACCAGAGCCACUGUCGACAUCGUCCCCGUUGUUGACGCUGGAUAAUUGCUUUGUGAUUCCGCAUAUUGGGAGUGCGACGAUAGAGGCUAGAGAAGCCAUGGCGAAUCUGGCGUUGGAUAACUGUAUUGCUGCGUUGGAAGACAAGGCAAUGCCUGCUGAAAUAUUAUAA